GGCAAUGGGUCAGGUUUGGAUCUAUACCCGCGCCACCAUGAAAAAUCCACGCACCCAUCUCGAGUCGGAUCCGCCCCAUCAAAAUCCUUCAAACCCUAAAAAAAAAAAAUUCAUUCUUCUACAGAGAUUUAGCGCUCAAUCUCUUUCCCCGCAGAUCUCUCUCAGGUCCGCCACGGCCGAACCUCCGGAGCUCUCAAUCUCCGAGGAGGAGGAGACUUGCUCGGGCAUACCCCACCGCUGACCCCAAAAAAAACGUUAAAACAAAAAAAUUUUAAAAAAAUCAUUCUCUCUCGUUUCAACUGUAUCUGCUGAGCUCCCCAGGCUCCAUUAAUGGCGAUUCGAAAGAUUUGAAGGGUAUUCUAGGAGCGGCAGAGGAUACAUUCAAGUUAAUGGCGUGGAGAGUGUUAGGCAAAAAGAAUUAUCUGAAGUCAGGGCGUUUCUGACCUUAUCCUUGGGGCCUACUAAGGAACGAUGCUUUUGACCUUUUGGUGAUCUGAAAUAUUCUAGAGGGGCUAUGACUGAGGUUUCGACACUAGAAAGAAAUUUGGUUGCUUAGAAAGGUCUAUGAGUUGUUUCCUUUGAGGGUCUCCAUGCGAGUUUGCAAGAAGUGUUACUAUCCACAAAUCGAGGUGUGGCGCAUUUUUUCUCUAGUUCACUUGGAAAGAUACCAGAUCGCCCUCUCGGUGCUAUACUGGAAACUGCUGCUAAUGGUGGAGUUUCAAGCAAUAAGUGCAUCAUCAGGAAAUUUCAUCAAAGUCUUGAUCUGUUGGCAUGGAAACGGAAAAUAGAAGAAGCACCUGGUUUAAAAGCUCCCAGGAAAGAGAAACGUGUGAAAAGAGAAAAUAGGACCCAGGCACCUGUAGAAGCACCAUAUGUACCUCCAAAGCAAAAAUUGACUGUGAAAUCCACACCAGAAAAAACUAUUGACAUUUUUGAAGGAAUGACAAUCCUUGAGCUUGCUAAGAGAACAGGUGCAAAAAUUGGUGCACUGCAAGAAAUACUUACAAAUGUUGGUGAAAAAGUUGAAUCGGAGUUUGACCCCCUCAGCAUUGACAUUGCUGAGCUGGUUGCAAUGGAAGUAGGGAUUAAUAUUAGAAGGCUGCACUCUGAUGAGGGUGCAGUGCUUCAUUCCAGACCAGCUGUUGUGACAGUCAUGGGCCAUGUAGAUCAUGGUAAAACUUCUCUUUUAGAUGCCUUGCGACAAACAUCAGUUGCAGCCAAGGAGGCUGGUGGAAUUACCCAGCAUUUGGGUGCAUUCGUUGUUGAUAUGCCAUCAGGAGCCUCAAUCACAUUCCUCGACACACCAGGGCAUGCUGCAUUUAGUGCAAUGCGUGCCAGAGGUGCUGCAGUUACAGAUAUUGUUGUUCUCGUGGUGGCAGCAGAUGAUGGUGUGAUGCCACAAACGCUGGAAGCUAUGUCCCAUGCAAAGGCAGCUAAUGUUCCAAUUGUGGUAGCUAUAAACAAGUGUGAUAAGCCAGCAGCUGAUCCAGAGAGGGUGAGAAUUCAACUUGGUUCAGAAGGAUUACUGUUGGAAGAUUUGGGUGGUGAUGUACAGGUGGUUGAAAUAUCUGCUGCAGCAAAAACUGGAUUGGAUAAACUGGAGGAGGCUUUGCUCCUUCAGGCUGAGAUGAUGGACCUGAAGGCCAGAACAGAUGGGCCUGCCCAAGCUUAUGUAGUUGAAGCCAGGCUUGACAGGGGUAGGGGGCCUUUGGCUACUGCAAUAGUGAAGUCCGGGACCUUGGUCUGUGGGCAAUAUAUUGUUGUGGGAGCAGAGUGGGGGAGAAUAAGGGCCAUUAGGGAUAUGGUGGGGAGGGUUACUGAGUCGGCAAGACCUGCAAUGCCAAUUGAGAUUGAAGGACUCAAGGGUCUUCCCAUGGCCGGAGAUGAUGUUGUUGUUGUGGAUUCAGAGGAGAGAGCAAGGAUGCUAAGUAGUGGGAGGAAAAAGAAACUGGAGAAAAAUAGGCUUCAGAAGGUUAGUGAAGAAAGGAUUGACAUACCAGAUUCUUCAGAAGAGGUGCCUCAAAGAGUUGAAUUGCCUAUUAUAGUUAAAGCUGAUGUGCAAGGUACUGUUCAAGCAGUUACGGAUGCAUUGAAGAGUCUAAAUAGUCCACAGGUUUUUGUAAAUAUUGUUCAUCUUGGUGUUGGGCCAAUAUCUCAAUCUGAUGUUGAUUUAGCCCAAGCUUGUGGUGCAUGCAUAGUUGGUUUUAACAUUCGCAACCUGUCAAGUGCUAUUAGUCUGGCAGCAGACAAAGCCAACAUAAAGAUCUGUCAGCAUAGGGUUAUAUACCACCUCCUCGAGGAAAUUGGCAAGCUGAUUGUGGAGACGGCACCAGGGACUUUUGAGACAGAGAUUGCUGGAGAGGCUGAGGUUCUGAGCAUCUUCGAGCUCAAAGGGCGGAGCAAAUCGAAAGGGCCCGAUGUGAAAAUUGCUGGGUGUCGGGUCAUUGAUGGUCGCUUCACCAAGUCCUCGACCAUGAGGUUGUUGAGGAGUGGGGAGGUUGUGUUUGAGGGUUCAUGUGCAUCACUAAAACGGGAGAAACAGGAUGUAGAGACUGUUGGGAAGGGUAAUGAAUGUGGACUUGUAAUUCAGGAUUGUGAUGAUUUCCAGAUUGGAGAUGUCAUCCAGUGCUUGGCGCAGGUGAUCAAGAAGCCCAAGUUUAUAUCAUCAGAGAGUGGAGCUGUCCGUAUUGAGUGCUGAUGAUUGACAGGGACCAUAAGUUUUUUUUUUUUCCAUUUAUAUUAUUUUUCUGAUAAUUUAUACUGCAGGAAGUUAACAUAAGGCAUCUUUUUGUAAUACCCUCAGUGGUUCUAGUCUUGUAAAACUUAAAACGAGAUUAUAAUUUUGAGAUUCUCACUGUGUAUCAUAACAUUUUUGAUAUACAUAAAAUUUUGGAGGAAGAUAUAUCUUUGUUCAAUGGUUGUAACUUACUGUGGCCAAACAGACGAUACGUGCUUUAUGUCAGUCAUCAAUAAAUUAUAUAUAAGUACCUUGAAACUUAGG